CAUGGCGGCCGCUGCACGAAGAUUACGGCGUUAGCAGAUAAUUAUGCUUUAGUUCUAGAAAAACGUUCAACUUUUGUCUAUUUUGUGUUUAAGUUAAUUAGUGUUAGCUUUGGUUUAGCGACCAAAAAAGAAUUGUGGCGUCUAACACUGAAAGUGUGAUGUUAUUGGACAUUAAAAAUGUCGGCAAUGUGGAAGAUAGAAAAGGACUUGUGCCGAUGUUGUCACGCGGAGGGAUCCUUUAAACAUCUAUCGGAUCCCUGCUUCCUUUUGGGGCAGGAGGAAAUCUACUCCAUCAUGUUGCAAGAUUGUCUUGAUAUCAAGAUUGUCCCCAUGACGGGGCCCCUUUGCGAUGCCACGUACACAAUAUGCGAGUCAUGUGUGGCGCGGCUCCGAGACGCCUCCAACUUCAAGCGUCAGGUGCAGGACUGCGAGGAGCGCUUCAAGGAAAUGUACAGCAAGAACAUGAUCAGAGGGUUUGAAGUCAAGGACGAGCCGUUUGAGUCUGAUGCCGACAUGAAGCAAGAAUUCCACAGCGUUGAAGAGGACGAGGAUGAUGAUGAUGCCUUCAUGAAGUUUGAUGAUGACGACGCUUCGUCGUACGAGGAACACGAGGAGCCGGAAGAGAUGAUCACCGUCGAAAUAGACGCCGAGCCGCGGGCCAAGGGCAAGGGCAAGGGCAAGGCCAAGCCCAAGCCCAAGCCGAAGAAGGCGCCCGCCAAGAAAACCAAGUCCAAGGGGAAAGCUAUCAAGGAGGAGUCGGAAGAUCUGACCGUGGCGGCGGUGAGCGGGGACAAGAAGAAAGACGAAGAAAAGCACCAGAUGAAAGCCUGCUUCAAGUGCAAGAAGAUCCGCAAAGUAGAAGAGCUGGGCGAAACCAAGACCUGUCCGGAUUGCGCCACCGGCCUCACCAACUGCGUCGUGAGGCUGGUCAGGGAACAGCUCCAAGCGGGACCUAUCACCAACUUCUUCAUCACCACAGAGGAACCAGUCGACAACGGCCAGGCUAAAUCAGGUAACGAUAAAAUAUAUGGACCAAAAGACACCAAGACCUGUCCGGAUUGCGCCACCGGCUUCACCAACUGCGUCGUGAGGCUGGUCAGGGAACAGCUCCAAGUGGGACCUAUCAUCAACUUCUUCAUCACCACGGAAGAACCAGUCGACAACGGUCAGGCUAGAUCAGAGCCUCAAGCGGCCGGGAGCUCCGCUUCGGGCCUGGCACCGGCCAGCUCCGCAUCGGACCCGGCGCCAGGCAGCGUGCUGCGCGACUUCCUGCUGAGAGGACUUGCCGGUAAUUCAAAAAAAGAUGAAAACGAAAGUGGAAAAACGGCUAAACAAAAUGUGAAAAAGGUAGACUCCGACGACGAUAGUUUAGAAAGCUUAGAUAUGAAAAUGGAAGACUUUGAGGUGUACGGCUGUAUGGAAUGUCAGAAAACAUUCAACAAGAAGUCAGCCCUCCAGAAACACAUACGGAAUCUCCACCGGAAGGUGUUGCUGAAGUGUUCCGACUGCGGAGACAGCUUCGCAACCAAAAGGACACUGCAGAAUCACGCGAAGAAGGCCCACGAUAAAAUCACCGUGCCCGAGAAAGACACGAGAUAUAAGACAUUUAUCAAAGUGAUCCAAGGAGAUCCGCCCGACGAGGACAUAUACGCGUGUACGCUGUGCGAUUCCAAAUAUUAUCGGCUCACGGAAAUCACCGCUCACACGAAAUAUCAUGCGCGCAAGCUCACGUGCCCAGUGUGUUUCAAGUUCAUCCCCGAUCGAGUGGAGUAUAAAAAACACAGAGCCCAGCCACAUCCCGAUGCUCCAAAAUUCACGUGUCAAGCCUGCAAAUGCGUGUACAACACCAUAUUUGACCUACGAAACCAUAAAAAAUUAACCCAUUAUCGGUACAAAUGUCCUCAUUGCCAAGAAAUGCUCACCAAAAAGGCAUUACAUAAACACUUGAGACAAUUCCACAGUGAAUCCUUGCUGACGUGCGGUAUAUGUGGUUUUAAGACAUCACAACAAUUUAGAAUAAUCCAACAUCAAAAAAUGGUGCAUUUGAAGGAGAAAAAUGUCAUUUGUGACAUUUGUCAAUUUCCAUUUUACAGUACCACAGAAUUAAGGAAACAUAUGAUCAGCCACAAAGGGGAGAAAAUGUUUGAGUGCGGACAUUGCAAGAAGAAAUUUGCGCGUAAAUCGACUCUAAAUUUGCACGAGAAGAUACACACGGGGGAGAAGAAUAAAAUUUGUGUGGCGUGCGGCGCCGCCUUCGUGCAGAAGGCGAGCCUGAACUACCACAUGUUGAAACACCACCCGGACCGUGUUUAACCUUUCAUAUUGGUGUGGUGGGAUCAAACCUCAACUGU